UGGUUUGUUCUGUCAGCCCCUCAACCUGUCAGUAUGUUGCUGUGGGGGCUGAACUAAAUCAGGGUGUGUCUGUGUUCAUAUAUGCUUGUAUACAUACCUGGUGUCUCAGUGCAGAUGAACAGUGUGUCCUGUACCUGUGACGCUGUGUUUUUCACCAUCUAAAGCUUACAAUGAGUCAGCGUAAGGAGUCUGAGAAAAAGGUCAAUCUUCCUGAAACCUCUCAGCGUGAACAACAUGGCCACCAGACUGAAGCUCAGAGGAAGGAGAUGAAGAAAAAACAGAAGGAGUUGGAGAAAGCACAGAAGGAGGAGAAGAAAAGACAGAAGAAGUUGAAGAAAAAGUCAGGCAACGCUUCUUCCUCAGAUGAUGAUACUUAUGUGGAGGUGUUGAUGGAAUGUCUUUAAAGGAACAAGAGUCUCUGCAGUCCUGAAGUUUAUCAUCUGAGGUGGGAUGGAAACAUUUCUGCUGCAGCUGCCACUCUUUCUACAGUUUAAUCCUCAAUCACUGUUUAUGUGGAACUUAUUGUUAUGGGUUUAUAACUAAUAGAAUAACUUAUAAUCAGUUUGAUGGAACAGAUUUAAUUUACAUCCUCUGUUGGAUUAUUCUGUGAGAAUAAAAUCUACUGUAGUAACA